AUGUCAGACGAUGAUAAAGGUAUGUUUAGCCGACGAUCAUAAUGUUAUCUUGUAUUGUUUUGGAGUGUAAUUUACUAUUUAGCCAUAUUUUUAAAUAUAACCCUGUGUGAUUUGACAUCGCUUUCGAUAGGCGAGAAGAAAAAGGGAUUAUUCAACAGUCUUAAGAAGAAAAAGAAGGGUAGGAAAAAUUUUCUAUCUCGCUCGCUGAAUCACAUCAGCGAGAUGAGAUCUUCGCAUCGACGGUCUGUCAAUUUCGACCUCAAACAACAGGACGAGACUAAUGCUGACACAUGUACAACACAACACGACUCGACUCACGCUAACCGAAAAUAUUCCGAUGUAUCUUUAGGCCAAACGCCAGAGAGCCCGAGUGCAAGACCCGAAAAUCUCCCGUUCGAAGGGGAGAGUUCGCCUGUGGAAUUCUCACCGGGCUCGACGGUAAGCCAAGAUGAUAUACUUUAGAUUCGUAUCGACUUUAAAAGUUUAUUUGCAAAGCCUUCGUGUCUUACUUUACAUAAUUGAAGUCGAAGAAUUUCGGGGUUAUGGUCGAAAAAUUUCGCCCUACAUUUAACCGAUGAAUGAAGUUUUAGUGUUAUUCUAUCGUUAGAUUAAAACAUUUUGAUGUUUUAGGCUUGAUUUAAAUAUUUUUACUCGCGAAUUUGUUGUUUAUUUGAAAGCGGAAGUGUCGGGUUUUAUCCAUUUCCGGCCGCUAAUUUGCAACUUUUUCAUGUUCUAAAUAUUGUUCUAACUUUUUUUUUUUACAGGCAGCAGCAGUGGCCAGAAGCGGCAAAUUUGCCUUUUUUGCUCUGAGUGUGGAGCUUAAAGAAGGCAUAAACUUGGCCGCCAGAGACAAGACAGGUAACCAACCUCGAUUAUCAUUACUUUACUGCGUCUUGGGGAAUAUAAUUAGCAAAAAUGAAACAAACGGAAGACCCUCAGUGCGUUGCUAAUUUUAAAUCUGUCCAUGUCGUCGAGUAUCACAAUACAAAUGUAUUUUCUGCACUAUCCCAUAUCAAAAUAGCAGCUCAAGUCUAUUUUUAUUCGUAGAUUUUAUAAGCGCUCUAGAAAAUUCGCUAUUCCUUAUUAAUAUUGCAAAGUAUCUCGGCGUGAAUUUUGCAAUAUAAAUUCUGCUUUGAUAGCCUAAUAAAAAUGUGUUAUUUUACCCCGAAGUUCUAAUAUCGAAACACUUAAAGCAAACAGACAUUAUUUUCUAAUCCAGCUCAUGUUGGAUUAAAUAUAUUGAGCUUUGUUUUAAAGCAUUGCAAUGUUUGGUUUAUAAGAAUUAGCUAAUUAUCGUUAUUGCUUGUUGGUUAUUCAUUAACGAAAGAAAAAUAUUUCCAAUUUUACAUAAGUCAAAAAUGAAAAUCCUAUAUUUUCAGCGGGCAAAAUGGCUUAUGUGUAUAUUUUCGCUUUGCAAUACAAUGUUUGGCAAUAUGAAAUACAGAUUAAUUAUUAAUGAUUGUCACAGAUGGAGUCUGCAUGAUACUCCACAGACAAAUUACACAGCACAAUUCACAGCAGUGUUCUCAGUGGUUUCAUUUGAAAAUGUGACAUCCCUAAUUCCUGAAAACAAAACACUUAGGUCUGCAAGGGAAAUGUCAUUAUGAGAAAUAUUGAGUACACACUCGUCAGACAAGAGGAAACGUCUGGAUUUGCACACAAAAUUGUACCAAACAUACAUCUAUUUAAUGCUGCAACCGCAGAGACAGUGAUAGCCAUUGCCACUCUCACCCUUAAGAGCGACGAGUACUUUGCAUCGUCCAGCUGGGCCAAACGAAAGCCCAUAUGAAGAUGCAUUGUUUAUGAAAAGCAAUAUCCAAAAUGCAAUAUUAGGGCUAUUUAUAUGAGGGGGAAAUAGCCACAGCCUGAAUAAGCUGCGGCAUUAAAUAAGUUGCAAACAACUCGUACAAACUUAAAACAAUUUGCAGUAAGCUACAGCUUAUUUAGGUCUAGCUUUCAAUUAUCCUAGCUGUGGCUUGCAAACAAAGCCAUUCAUGACUUAUUUAAGCCAUGACUUAUUUAGGCUGCGCCAGCUUAUUUUCGCUCAUAUAAAUGGCCCUAUUAUUCGAAAAAAUCCUGCAAUCCCUAGAAAUUUCACAUAGCCCGACCUAAUACAUAUUUGGCAUGCACAUUAUCUAAAACUUUCUACCCUGAGCUACCUCCACCAUAUCCUGAAUUGCGGAACCCAUUUCCCAAGGCAUUCAAUGCUACCUGCUUAAGUCUAUAGUACAUGCAACCGAUAAAUAAACUAUAAAUGUUAAAAGACUAAAUUCUUGACAUCAUAAACCAGUUUAAACCACUAAAAUGUUAAAUAUUGUUAAUACUAAAAUAAUAUUGUUAAGUCUGCAGAUUAUCUGAAGUAACGAGGUAAGAUCUAAACAGUUUGUUAUUGUGAUGUUUAAACCAACCACUCAUAAUGCAUUCACAAUCCAAUCAACAAUCUUUAAAUUUUGAUAUCUUGUUAAAACAAUUAAUUUUGUGGCAAGAUAUCAUGACUGCAAUAUUAACACGAGUGCCCCCAAGUAAAAUUGGCUGGCGUUAGACUGAGUAAAAUAAUAAUGUAGGAUGCACUGUAACUAAAUUGGUUACGGUACUAACAACCAUGAUUUCGUGAUUUCGUAUCCUAAACUAAUCUUAAUCCUCUAAUCCUAAAAUCUAACCAUUAUUCCAACUGUGAAUUUAAGUUAAUCCUAAACCUACUGUAAGCAUCACUUUAAUCAUUUAAGCUGAUACUAACUCUAAUUCUAACGUAGCCAUGAUCCAAACCCCAGUACACCUAACCCAAACCCCUGUCCUAACUCAAAUUCCAGUCCUAACACAAAUUCCAGUCCUAACACAAACCCCAGACUGACCCAAACCCCUGUCAUAACCCAAAUCCCUGUCAUAACCCAAGUCCCAGUUCUAAUCCAAAUCCCAGUCCAAACCCCAGUCCUAACCCAAACCUUAGCCCUAACACUAACCCUAGUCCUAACCCCAGUCCAAACCCCUGUCCUAACCCCUGUCCUAACCCCAGUCCUAACCCAAACCCCAGUCCUAACCCAAACCUUAGCCCUAACACUAACCCCAGUCCAAACCUUAGCCCUAACACAAACCCUAGUCCUAACCCCAGUCCAAACCCCUGUCCUAACCCCUGUCCUAUCCCAAACUCCAGUCCAAGCCAAAACCCCUGCUCUAACCCAAACCCCAGUCAUAUCCCCUGUCCUAUGUCGAACCCCUGUCCUACGUCAAAGCCCAGUCCUAAGCCAACCCUGGUCCUAACCAAAACUCCAGUCCUAACCCAACCUUGGUUCUACAUGAAACCCCAGCCUUAGGCCUAACCCCAGUCUUAACCCAAACCCCUGUCCCAAACCCCUAUCCUAACCCCAAACCCCUGUCCUAAUCCCAGUCCGUCCUACGUCAAACCCCGGCUUGGUCUGACAAAUUUGUCAGUUCUACCCCAUACCCCUGUCCUAACCCCAGUAAUGUAAAGCUGUGCACCACCAAUAAUGCGAACAGUGCUAGUCACUUCAUGAAAUAUUGGGAUUCAUGCCGUGGACCGAUUUUAGGUUGCAAACAUACGACCACUUUUGAUGCUGAAUAUUACAAAUUAAGAACCUUAAAUAUAUAAUAACCUUAAUUUAAAAUUUUACCACUUCAUUAAACUAAUACAAUGUAAACUUUUGCCUUGUUUAGUUGAUUUCCAUACUCAAUUCUUUCACGAUAAACCAUAUACUAAAACCAUCACCAGAACGCCAGGUUUGGAUUAAAAUAAAAUAAAAUAAAAUAAAACGUAACUGAUAGCUAAGGUUAUAUAUUAAAUAAAAUAAAACCUAAAUGAUAGCUAAGGUUAUAUAUUAAAUAAAAUAAAACGUAAAUGAUAACUAAGGUUAUGUAUUAAAUAAAAUCGUAAUUAUAAUUAAAGUUAAAUAAAUGAUAACUAAAGUUAAAUAUAAGUAAAUUAUAAUUGAGAAGUUAAAUUAAAUAAUUUUUUAAAAUAAUAUAAACAAAUUAAAAUUAAAAUAUGUAACUAAGAUUGUCAUACGUAUAGCAUGUACCAACGACUUCUAGCUGAGACCCGGUAUCAGAAUCAGAAUUCUGAGCUCCACCAUCAAUUGCUUGAUAACACUCUGGGUUCGUACAAAUCCUUGAAAGUUCUUGAAUUUGGAAACCAAAAUUCAAGGCCAUGAAAGUCCUUGAGUUUAUAAAGAAGUGCUUGACAGUCCUUAUAUUGUUCUUGUUUUAGUGGAUAUUUUUUGAAAUUUGUUUGGCAUUAAGAAUUGGACAUCUUGUAAAUUGAUUUUGUUCAUGUCUUAGAAAGACCAAGGCUGUUUGCAAUUCAUUAAAGUUGCCGUUUAAUUAACGUCACUUAAUGAUUUCUAACGCCUUUUCCGCCAUUUAGUUUUUGAAUUUCCUGAUACAUGACCUUAAAAGUCCUCGAAUUUAACUCUUCCUGGCUUGUACGAACCCUGUAACACCUCAUGACACCCACAAAUUCACGUAGGUGUGUCUGAAUGUAAUAAUUUAGUGUUUGCCUCUUCAAUUCCACAGGUACUAGCGACCCGUAUGUCAAAUUCAAAGCCGAUGGCAAACAGAUUUACAAGAGUCGUACCAUCCCCAAAAACCUCAAUCCCCAAUGGAACGAGAAGUUUUGUGUCCCGAUUGAAGACAUUAGUAUGCCACUGGUGAUCAAAGUGUUCGAUUUUGACCGGGUUAGCAGCGAUGACCCGAUGGGGAUGGUUACUGUCGAUUUAUCACAGAUGGAAGUAAACAGGUAGGCGCUGUUUUCUGUUGCUUUUGUGAAAUUCUGUCAAAUUGGAAAGACUGGGUAGUUCUCGUGUAUACACCCUUGUUAAACGCCAUACAAAUGAAUCACUUGCUAUGCAAACUUGUUACAAGCAAGCAGUAGUGGUUGCAACUCGCAUUCUGCAUCGAAUUUACGGCCGCUUAUAUGAAAACUAUUACUGUACUUACAGUUAGAGAAAAGUGUGUGUUAUUUAAACUGUUUCCGAGUUGCCAAACUACGUUGCAACUUAACUUGUUAAGGGCCAGGGGUAUAAUUUCUUGGCGUCACUUGUUAGAGUCAUUUGUUUAACUUGUUAAGUAACAGCACUUUCCUCUGGUCGAGUAAAAUCGUCUGGCAUUAGACAGAGUAAACUACAAAAGUAGGGGGCGUGUUGUCACUUAAUGCAUGGGCUAAAGAUAUAUUGCUUGCUAUAUCCUCACGCGAUAUUUGUUCCAAAAUGCUGGAAUGCAUUCCUAGUGGUUCAAAUUAGUCUCAAUCUAAAACGUCUUUAGCCUGAACCCACUAUAUGCCGUAUCUGUAACUUUAUUUUCUUGAUUCAGAAUGACGCAACUUAAAAGUAAUAAAUAAUGAUUAUUUUUUCUUUGGUUAGACCACGAGAUCUUACAUUGGAUCUGCAAAGUGCCAGUGGAACAAAUGAAAAACUUGGUCAGAUUACAGCGACCUUCACUUUGAUGCCAAAGACCAACGAAGAUAGGCAGGAGGUGCGGGAAUUUUCGUUAUUGGUGGUGGUGAUGGUAGUGAUGAUGGUGGUGUGUGGUGAUGAUGGUAGUGAUGAUGGUGGUGGUGAUGAUAAUGGUAGUGAUGAUGAUGAUAAUGGUGGUGAUGAUGAUGAUAAUGGUGGUAAUGAUAAUGGUGGUGGUGAUGAUGAUGAUAAUGGUGGUGAUGAUGAUGAUAAUUAAUGGUGGUGAUGAUAAUGGUGGUGGUAUUGGUGAUGGUGGGGGGUGGGGGUCAUGAUAGUUGUAAUGAUCAUGAUGGUGUUGAUAGUGCUGGUGGUGUUUUUGUUGUUUUGUGGUUUUUGACAUUGUCCGUAGUAUGACUCACUUAUAAGUAUCAAUUUCUAGUUGAUGAGACGAGCCAGUCAGCGAAGAGCAGCUCAAGCAAAAGAGAGUGGGAAAGCUUUACAAAAAGACGGUGUUGUGUCAGUAACCUUGGUCGAAGGACAGAAACUCAUUGCUAUGGAUGACAAUGGUAGGUUAUGAGAGAAUCAUUUCAAACGAUACUGACAACUUGCAUGUUAGACUAAUUUUUGAUCUAGGCAAAAGAAGUAAAUUCCCGUAAAGAACUUAUUAAAAUUAGUAAAAUUGCAAAAUUUGGUUACGAAAUGUUGUAAAAUACGGAAAAUAUAGCCUUGCGAAAUUUGCAUAUUUUGUGUAUGUUUGUAUUACGUGCGGAAAUUUUUACCAUUUUUGAGCCGAAAAUGCUAACAAUUUCUGCACGUAAUACAAACAUACAGUAUACAAAAUUUGCAAACUUUGCAAGACUAUAUUUUCCAAGCUUUACAACAUUUCACAGCCAAAUUUUGCAAUUUUACUAAUUGACUAAAAGCACUUAAUAGUAACCUUUUGACCAUUUCAAUUUACCUAUAUAUACAUGAACUUACGGUUACGGCUCAACAGCUGGCCUCUGUAGCUCAGUUGGUUAGAGCGCUGCACCGGAAUCGCAGGGCCGUAGGUUCAAUUCCUACCAGAGGACCUUGUGCUGCAUUUUUCGCAGUCGUUCCUGGUUAGGUCUUAAAAUGUAUAUAUACUCACUUGGAUUACAAACCUUAACAUUCUAAUAAGAAAACAGAAGUGUAUCUUACCGUUUAUCUUAAAAUACUUACGCGAUUUUGUUUGUUUUUCUUUCCAUCAGGAACAAGUGACCCGUACUGUCGUUUCAAACUUGGUAAUGAAAAAUACAAGAGCAAAUCAUGUAAGGAAACUCUGAACCCACAAUGGAAGGAACAUUUUGACUUGAAAUUCUUCGCUGAUACUGACAUGAUCUUGGAGGUCAGCGUCUACGAUAGAGAUAUCAGAAAGGACGAGUUCAUGGGAAG